AUGAAGAACUCUCACGCGAAUGCAGAUUACGAGUCCUGCUACUAUGAGGAUAUUACAAAAUCGUGGCUAAAUCAAACCGAGGAAUACACGGACUGCAGUUAUGGAUACGUUCAAAGUGUGACUUCUGCCUACACGGAUUGCAAUAAAAUAGAGGCUAAUUGGUGCAACGAAGCCAACGCUCAAUGGUUACAAAAUGAGGGAACUGCUGGACAGGAUCUUCAACGACUAGUGCCGAAACUCCGAUCCACUUCCUCGAAUCGCAAGGAACGCACAGCAUUUUCGAAAACGCAGCUCAAGGAGCUUGAAACAGAGUUCUGUUACUCCAACUAUCUGACCCGUCUGCGUCGCUACGAAAUCGCCGUGGCCCUGGAGUUGACGGAACGGCAGGUUAAGGUGUGGUUCCAGAAUCGCCGCAUGAAGUGCAAGCGCAUCAAGCUGGAGGAACAGGGCAGCGCCAACAAAACACUUUUCUAGUUUGUACA